UUUAUUAUUAGGAAGAGAACGAGAGAUUAUUUAGGUAUGGAGGGAGUAAUAACAAACAGCAAUAAUUGGUAAUCUGUACAAGUGGUUUCUGCAAUUUCCUCCACCGACGGGCGGGCGGCUCGUACGUACUUUGACUUGUUGGUUUUUCCAAGUCUUCCCUUGGCGACAACGACGCGACGUUCCUUUUUCAACUCUUCCUCAGUUGACCGGUGAGCAUAGGAUCAGAUGCCGAUCCGUCCAGUGCUGCACUUCUCUUGUCUCCACAGCCAAGUCUACUCCACAGCGUUCGGCACUUCAUCUUCAUCCUCAACCAUCAUCACUUCUCCAGACCACCAUGGCUGCCAAAACCACAUCAUGCUUCACUUUCCUAAAGGAAGCGCUGCUCCUCCCCACGUUGAACCCCAAGCUCUUCACGCCCUUGCUCCUCCUCUUCGCCACCGCCGCCUUCCUUGACCACGUAGUCAACUUCGUGUUCCUCCAGCAGCCUCUCGCCGACGCCGUGGCCAACCAUGUCGCCGCGGCCAACAGCGCGGACUCCUCGAGCGCCGAACACGCCAGCCUCAUGGAGAUGGAGCGGCCAAAGCAAGACGGUGUGAGGCUCAUCCUCAUCGCCGUCUCCGAGGUGGUCGUCGCCCUGGCGGUCAGCUUCGUCAGGAGGAUCCUCGCCCUCUUCGCGGCCUCCACGACCUACUCCGGCCACCGCCACUCGCUGGCAGAGCUCCUGCGCGAGCUGGUCAAGGGGGAGAUCGGCCUGACGGGCCCUUCCAUCACCAUCGCCGUCGUCGACGCGCUUGACUUCGCGUCGGCGGUCCUGGCCGCGCUGAUUCCCGCUCCCGCCCUGACGGUGACGGGGGUGCUCUCCGUCCAGGGUCUCGCCUACCUCAUCGCGCUCCUCGCCUCCCUCUACUUCACCGCCGUGGCGUUGGUGGGCGUCGCGGCGUCGGUGGUCGACGGGAGGUGCCGCGGCGUGCGGGCGCUCCGGCGGGCGCGGCGUCUCGUGACGCUGGCGAGGGGGAAGGAGGGCCUCCUGCUGGUGCUCGUGGCGCACCUGGUGCCGACCGUCGCGGCUCCGCUGUACCGGGCUGCUCUUGUGUACGCCAAGACGAGCAUGGCGGUGUGCCUGUGCUUGUUGGCUGCGCAUGCCUUUCUGUCUUGUGCGCUGCAGCUCCUCUCUUUGAUGGCAGCAACGGUGUACUACCACCAUGCCAUGCGGAGGAGCAAGGAGGUGAUCCAUGCCUUGCGGUUAAGCUAAGACAUAGAGGGAUGCUUUGAUUUGCACGUCAAUCUAUCCUUUAAUUCAGUAGGGCUGUUCUGUGUGUGGGUAAUUGUCGUCAUCGUCGUAGCCGGCAUUGGGUAGACUAUAGGCCUAUUUGUUUCAGAAGUCUUACUUUUUUUUUAGUCUCAACAAGUCCCUAAUACCUAUUCGUUAGUUUUUAUGAACUAAACACGGACUAGAGGUCAUUAAAUGACAUGCAAAAACACCAUGUUACCCCUAAUAAUGUACUACAAGUUAUUAAAUGACAUGUUAAAGUAGGGGCACUGUUAGAAAAAGUGUCAAAAAAGUCUCAAAAAGACCCUCCCAUAAAGAGUUCGGGGGUGUUUGUUUCCAGGGACUUUUUGGUGUAGGGACUAAAAAAAGUCUCUUCCCAUGUGAAACAAAUAAGAGGGACCUUUAGAGACUAAAAUAGGGUAUUUGGGACUAAAGGAAGAAGUCUCCAUGGGAGGGUCUUUUUGGGACUUUUUGACACUUUUUCCAACAGUGCCCCUACUUUUAACAUGUCAUUUAAUAACUUCUAAUAUAUUACCAGGGAUAACAUGGUCCUUUUGCAUGUCAUUUAAUGACCUCUAGUCCCUAUUUAGUCCCUGGAAACAAACGGGUAGGGACUCGGGACUUUUUAAUUGGGACUAAAAAAAGUCCCGAGACUUCUAAAACAAACAGGCCUUCUUCCUUUAGUCCCAAAUACCCCUUUUUAGUUUCUAAAAGUCCCUCAUGUUUGUUUCACACGGGACUAAAAUGGACUUUUUUUAGUCUCUGCACCAAUAAGGACUAAUUGAUGUUGGC